AUGGCCGACGCAGCUGCUCAGCAUACAGCUGAGGAGCCGCAGAGCGACGGCUCAAAACUCAAAACAUUCCUGUCCAUCCUGAGGAACCGAUCACAACUGCCCUUCUUGACGACUCGUGGCUUCAUUCGUGGCACGGCUAACGACAAUGGCCCAAAACGCAGGUUCAUAGGUGUAGCCGAUCUUGCCUCUGUCCGCUUCUCCCUGCCGUCGCAGCUUCUCGAGCCCACUCCCAACCUCGAAUACUGGAAUUACCUCGAUGCGCCCAACACCUUCAUCGCCAUCGGCACUUCUGACGAGCCGCUCGACCGGAUGCUGGAGGUACUACGUUUUUGGUUCACUAAAGACCUAAAAUACGCCAAGGGCCGGCCUUGCAAGCCCUACAACUCGUGUCUCGGCGAGUUCUUCCGCUGUAAUUGGGAGGCCGAAGACAACGCCCCGAGGAUCGAUACCAAUAAGCUGGGUCCCAAGAGGGAUAGCAAGCCUGGCAGUGGUGCGUCCAGUAUCAAGUCCGGGAAGCUUGCUGUUCCGGCAGGUCUGGGAUCUGGCGAUUCCAAGGCGGCCUCGACUGUCUCGGUGGCGCAGACCGGAACCGACCCGACCAAGCCCAAAGUGAGAGUGUCGUACCUGACCGAACAAACAUCACAUCAUCCGCCUGUGAGCGCUUUUUAUAUCAGCUGUCCCGAGAGGGGUCUGCAUGCUCGGGGCUUCGAUCAGAUCACUGCCAAGUUCACCGGCACCAGCAUCAAGGUCAUGCCCGGCGAGCACAACCUGGGCAUCUUUAUCACGGUCGAGAAGCGCGGCCAUGAGACCUAUCAACUCACCCACCCCGCCGCUCACCUUGGCGGCAUCUUGCGCGGCGCCCUGAGCGUCUCAGUAGGCGACAUGGCGUUCAUUACCUGCCCAGAGACGAAGCUCAAGGCUAUCCUCCAUUAUUACGAUGACGGCUGGCUGGGUCGUUCGACCAACAAAGUCGAAGGCAUAAUAUUUCGGUACGAUCCGGACAACGACGACAAAUCUCGCAUCCGUGAUGUCCCCGAGGAGGACAUUCUUGUUCGCCUUGGCGGAGUGUGGAAAGACAAGGUGGUUUUCACCCUUGGGCCCAAACCUAUAGACUCUCACCCGCCCGAGGAGCAAAUCACCAUCAUCGACAUUGGGCCUCUCAGUGUCGCACCCAAGUCCCUCCCGCCCAAGGACAAACAGUUGGAGAACGAAUCUCUGCGCCUCUGGGGUGGUGUCACGGAGGCCAUUCUCGCCAAGCAAUUCUCUCGUGCGACUACGGUUAAGCAGGAGCUUGAAGAGCGACAGCGAGAGAAGGCAAGACACCGCGAGCAGACUGGCGAGGUCUGGAAACCCGUCUUUUUCGAGCAGGUGACGGGGAACGGGGGCAAGCCGGAGCUCUCAGCCAAGGGCAAGGCGGUUCUAGAGAAGGCUCAAAGAGCAGAGUGGGACAUGCGGGAUAUCUUGGGAGACGUCAAAGCCUCCUCGUAA